CUUGCUUAGUUCUUAGACUUUUGGAUAUACUAAUAUUUUUAGAAUGUUUCAAAUUUGAAUGUUUAUCAUGAAUGUAAGCAGAUAUACUAAUUCGACAGAAGACAAUACAUUCAUAUCCGAAAACAAUGAUCGACCAACAACCCAGCAAAUGUAUUGUCCCAUCUGUUCCGAAUCGUUUGGCUGUGAGAAGAAACUCUAUCAGCACAAGAUGACACAUUCUUCCGACUAUCGAAUAUGUGAAAUUGAGCGACAAAAUCGAACAUUCAAAGUUCAUUUGCGGAUUUACACUUGCGAUAUCUGUAAGAAAGAAUUCCGGAAUCAGACGCAUUAUGAAAAGCACAGAAAAGUACGCCAUACCAAAGAGGGCUACAUUUGCCCGCAUUGUAGUAAGAUAUUCAAGGAUCUCAAAUACAUGAAAAUCCACAUGCGAACGCAUUCCGGAGAAAGGCCAUACAAGUGUGAGAAGUGUUCGAAAACUUUCACCAGAUCAAUCAUACUUCGGCAGCAUAUGCUCACGCACCAAAAAGUAGGAAACCAUAAGUGUGAGUUCUGCUCAAAGUCGUACAAACGACUGGAGGACCUGCAGCGUCAUUAUGAAGUUCAUUGAGAUAGAAUAAAUGCAGUUUUUAAAUAUUGAAA